AAUACCAAUUUAAAGCCUAACACCUACUAGUACUACCCUACAAGCCCUAAUCCCAACCACAGCGAGGAAAAAAAAGAAGUCGCGCACAGAAAAUCCCAAGCUCCCAACCGCCAUGUCUCCGCGAGCGCUCCUCCUCCUCGCCACCGCCGCCGCCGCCCUCCUCGCCGGCGCGCCGCUCGCCUCGGCGUCGGCGGCCGCCCACCCGAACGGCGCGGCGAACGACCUCCUCCCCAAGUACGGGCUCCCCAGGGGGCUCAUCCCGGACUCCGUCGCGUCCUACACCUUCGACGAGGCCACCGGCGCGUUCGAGAUCCGCCUGUCGGGGACCUGCUACGUCUGGUUCGGCUCCCACCUCGUCUACUACGAGAAGACCGUCCGCGGCCGCCUCACGUACGGCGCCAUCGCCGACCUCUCCGGCAUCCAGGCGAAGAAGCUCUUCCUCUGGGUCUCCGUCACCGGCAUCGUCGCGCACCCCGACCAGGGGACCGUCGAGUUCCAGGUCGGCUUCAUCUCGGAGGCGCUGCCGGCGUCUCAGUUCGACAAGGUGCCCGUCUGUGGCGCCGGCGCGCAGCUCCGCGGCGCCGCUGGGGUGAUCCGGGAGCUCGGCCUGCUCCCCGUGGCCGAGGCAUGAGCUUUUGAGUUCAGAAUCGACCUGCAGCAAACCUGAGCACCUCUGGUUCGAUGUUGUUAGAAAAUAAAGAAGACGCCUACCUCGUUUGAGCUCAGGAGGUUGUGCCAGGUUUGCUGUUGAGCAUGUAUGUUCGUGUGUGUGUGUGGUUGUUUUCUUGUUCAUGGACACGGGUGCUAUCCACAAGUCUAGAGCAAUAUACUUCUACGGUACCUUGGUAGAGAUGUACAUUAAACUCGGCCGUGUUGCCCUCGGAUCCAUGUGUUCUGAACUUCUGAUGGCAUAGCGGUCCGAAUGCAGUGAAAAUUUGCAUGGAAACUUCACCUAUGUAUGUAGUUAUUUAUAUAUAUGUAAAAAUGGUACCUGGCUACCUGCUCCCAUGUUUUAAGGAGAA